AUGGUAGUUGAUUCCUUCAGCACUGAUGCUUUUGAUGUGGCCAACGAACUCAAUAUUCCCCCAUACCUCUUCUUCUCCGCCGAUGCUCUGCUUCUUUCGUUGACACUCCAUGUCCCAAAGAUGGAUGCGAUGUACAGUGGGGAGUACAGAGACAUGCCCGAACCACUCAAAUUACCCGGUUGUGUCCCGAUUCUUCCAGCUAAUUUGACGUCUCCAUUGCAGGAUAGAAGCAACGAUGCCUACAAAUCGUGUCUCUACCACUACAAACGUUUUAGGAUGGCUCAGGGUAUUCUGCUAAAUAGCUUCGACGGCGUGGAAGGAUGUGCUAUCAAGGCUUUGAACGAUGGGUCGGAUCCAACCAUCCCACCGGUCUACCCCGUUGGACCGCUCAUCAGGAAGGGUUCGAAGGCUGGGGCUGAUGAGGAUGAUGUGGAAUGUCUGCGUUGGUUGGACGACCAGCCAACCGGUUCAGUUCUAUUCGUGUCCUUUGGGAGUGGUGGGACCCUCUCCAUGGAGCAGUACACCGAAUUGGCCUUUGGAUUGGAGCUGAGUGAGCACAAAUUUUUAUGGGUCAUCAAGAGCCCGGUUCAAAACAAAUCAAAUGCCUGCUACUUUAAUCCCCGAAGCAUACAAGACCCAUUUGCUUUCUUGCCUGAGGGGUUCUUGGAGAGGACAAAAGGGAGGGGCUUAGUGGUGCCUUCAUGGGCCCCUCAAGUACGAGUGCUUAGCCAUGGUUCGACCGGAGGAUUCAUCACCCACUGCGGGUGGAACUCGAUCCUCGAGAGCGUGGUACAUGGUGUGCCUUUCAUUGCGUGGCCUCUCUUCGCAGAACAGAGGAUGAACUCACAGAUGCUGGUGGAGGAUUUGCAGGUGGCACUCAGGCGGCCCAAACCAGAGGAAAAUGGAGUAGUGGGACGAGCUGAGAUUGCGGCCACUGUGAAAUGUCUCAUGGAAGGAGAUGAAGGAAAGAGAAUUCAAAAGCGGGUGAGAAAACUCCAGGCUACAGUAGAGCAGGUUCUCUGUGAGGAUGGGUACACACCAAAGUCACUCUUAGAGGUGGCACAAAAGUGGAAGUCCAACGCUGACAUUUGA